AUGACCAGGAUAUCAAACGUUGACUCGGAUGACUAUUACCAGGUGCUAGGCAUCUCCCGGGAUGCAAACAGCAGCGAGGUGACCAAAGCCUUUCGAAAACUCGCGCUGCAAUACCACCCGGACAAGCAGCAGGAGAAGGAGAACAAGAACGAGUCGGAGAUAAAGUUCAAGCAGAUCUCAGAGGCCUACGACACCUUGCAUGACCCGGAGAAGCGAAAAACGUACGACCACUUUGGAAAGCAAGUUGCAGGUGCCAAGACGACACGCAUCAGCGCGGAGGAGCUGGACUUCCUCUUCAAAAGCAUCCCGGGCAGCCGGCUUCCCGGGUGCAGCGACAAGCUUUUCGGUGGGCUGGGUAAGGACCUGGACCUCGAGAAGCUCUUCCGUGCUGUCAAUACCGACGACGGCUGCCAGCGCAAGCGUCAGCGCAAAACCUCGCCGACACCGUUUACGCUCCCUCGCGGGAAGAUGGUGACCGUGCAUGGGCUGGUAGAGGCGGUCGGGCACAACGGGAAGAAGGCGCAGGUGCAAGGCUACGAUGCGGCGAAAGGCCGAUACGACGUGAAGAUGCGAGGCGACGGCCCCGUAAUCUGCGUACGGCCAGAGAACAUCACUCAGCACUGUGGGAUGACGAUUCAUGGCCUUACGGCCCAGCCGCAGCUGAAUGGGCUGACAGCCGACAUCGUCGGCUUCCAGCAAGACACAGGAAAUUACGCAGCCGUGUUGCGCAAAGGCUCUGCAAUGAUCUACAUCUCUCCUAGAAAUUGCCUCCUCGAUGGCGGGACGUGCAUCAGGCUUCGAGACCUCAGCAACGAGGACUUCAACGGGAAGAUGGCCCGCAUUCUUGAAGCCGACCUGGAUGCCGGGCGCUACCGCGUGCAGUGCUGCGAUGGGUCCGAGAUCCGCGUCAAGUACGACAACGUGUUGUGCUGA